AUGAGAUUCAACAAGGCCAAGUGCCGGGUCCUGCACUCGGGUCACAACAGCCAUGCAAUGCUGCAGGCUUGGGGAGGAGUGGCUGGAAAGCUGCCUGGAGGAAAAGGACGUGAUGGUGUUGGUUCACAGCUGGCUGAACAUGAGCCAGCGACACUUAACUUACUCAGCAUUGUCUAGUUUACACUGAGCUCUGAUCCCUGAUCCAGGAGAAUGAGUCCAAACACUUGCUGGCUUUGCAAGAUAUUCAGAACAGAAGAAAACGGGAUCUGUUCUAAGGAAUCUCUGGAGGAAGUACUACAGUGGUCCCAGUCUUUUGAAAAGCUGAUAACAAGUAAAUAUAAAUAAUUGUAUGUUUAUGGGCCUAUGAUCUACAAGACCUACUUGAAGACAGAGCACAGUGAUAAAAAAGAAUUCUGGCUUGCUUGCAAAGCUUAUAAGAAGAUCACAUCACAGAGGAAGAGGACUUCCAUGGCGAGAAUUUUUACAAGUUACAUUCAACGUGAGGCUCCCAACGAGAUUAACAUUGACAGUCCUGCAAGGAAAGUAAUUAUAAGGAAUAUUCAAGAGCCAACACAGUCCUGUUUUGAAGAAGCACAGAGAAUAAUUUACAUGCACAUGGAAAGAAAUUCCUAUCCACGAUUUCUUGAAUCAAAGUUUUAUCAAAAACUCAAACACAGCCUUCAAACUAAUGGCAAUAAUUCAAUGGUAAAUUGA